AUGCUGCCCGCGCGCUUCCUCAAGCUCUCGCUGCUACGCCGCCUCGGCACCGCCCGUGCGGCCGGAGUGCCCCCGCCGUGGCAGACCAGGCAAUUUCCGGUGCGGGGUUACCAGCCUCGAGGUUAUUCUACCGGAGGAAGCUCCAAGUAUGAUAGACCGAUGAGACAGUUUGCUGAAGAGAACGAGUCAAAUUCUCAGCCACUAAUAUAUUACAUUGUCCCAUCUGCCAUUCUAGCCUUUGCUGGACUAGCCACUUAUGUUCACUAUAAUGAUGAGAAGCGUGCAGUUCCCUUAGGUAAACAAGCACAACAGAACAGUAUUCCCAAAAGGUGCACUACCAACAGACCUGCAAUCGGAGGACCAUUUAAGCUCUAUGAUACAGAAAACAAUGUGGUGACUGAAUCAAAGCUUCGAGGGAAUUGGACGCUGAUGUAUUUUGGCUAUACAUCAUCCCCAGAUGUGGGGCCGAACGAAGUUGAGAAGAUCGCUGAUGUUGUUAAGCUGUUAGAGUCAAAGUAUGAUAUCAAGAUUAAACCACUCUUCGUCACACUUGAUCCUCAACGUGAUUCACCUGCUCAGCUUAAGGCAUAUCUUAGUGAAUUCGACCCAAGAAUAACAGGAUUAACAGGCUCAGUCGAUGCAAUAAGACAGAUGGCACAAGAAUACCGCAUUUUCUUUAAAAAAGUUGGUGAAGUUGGUCAGGAUUAUAUUGUAGAAAGUUCUCAUAACAUGUAUUUGCUAGAUCCAUGCCUGGAGACAGUAAGAUGCUUUGGAGCUGAGUAUAAGGCAUCAGACCUUGCUGAGGCGAUAACAACGGAGAUCCAGAAAGCAUCUAAUUCAGCAGCGAAGUAG